AUGGCCUUAAACAGGGCUAUUGAAACUGGUGUCCUCUUCCACCGUGCCAUUUUAAUGUCAGGAUCAGCACUAUCACCAUGGGCACUGAUACAAGAACCGUCAAGAUUUGCAGCUCAAGUAGCGAUUCACGCAAACUGCUCACCUGAAUUGCCCCAUGCUCAUUUACUCAAGUGCCUUCGAGAGAAACCUGUAGAGUUAUUAUUGUCGACCCCAAUUUUACAUCAGCCAGAAUUUGCCUUUGCCUUUGGCCCGAGCGUGGAUGGUGUAGUUAUUGAUACUGGAGAACCACCAGGUGGGGACAAUUUACACUAUAACGAAUUCGACAGCAACAGCAAUAUCAAACCAUCUAAUCCGGAGCCCCAGAACGCAAUCACCAUUCUAAAUAACGUCCUGCUGCGAAAAUCAGUCAUUUCGAAGCUCUCCAGAUACGAUUUACUUUUAGGGGUGGCAAAGGCCGAGGCUUAUUUCGCAUUCAACGGAGAAGACGUUCAAUACGGCAUCGAAGCAGACCGUCGAUCGAAAAUACUGAGGACGUUCGUUCGAAAUACUUACAGUUAUCACUUGUCGGAAAUACUAGCGACGAUAGUGAACGAAUAUACGGACUGGGAAAGGCCGGUUCAACAUCCGAUUAACAUUAGGGACGAAACCCUUGAGGCUUUGUCAGAUGCACAAUACGUUGCUCCCGUUGUACACACGGCAGAUUUGCACUCUGCCGAACACAGAAAUUCCUAUUUGUAUGUGUUUGAUUAUCAGACUAAGUUUGGCGACUAUCCACAGGUGAGUAAUUCUCGAUGUUUAUGUUUGAGGAAAGCUGAGGUAGCUGCUUAA